AUGAGAUUGCUACAGAUCUUUACGGUUGCAAUGUCAACUCUUCUAGUCGCCUGCCGCGUGGAGGAAGUGGCGUCAUUGGACUUUUUCUAUGACACUAUAAACCGCGAUGCUUACACUGUGGUCAAGUAUUUUACGACUUGGUGUUCGCAUUGCAAGGGACUUGGUCCUGUUUUUGAACAACUGAGUGAAAAGUUCGACAAUUCUGCAGCCAAUGUUACCUUUCUGGAGGUGAAUUGUGAGGUGUUCGCUUCUACAAUAUGCAGAAGAUUACCGGGAUUCCCAAUGGUUGAGGUUAUCAAGCCACUGACAGAGCCAGAAAAGAUGGAUGUUGAGCUUGAAGCUCCAGUUAAGAAACCUUGGUGGUCUAGAGUUAUCAAUUCGAUCAAAAAUCGGGCUUUCAGCGCAACGUGGGAUAUGGAUCUUAACAGAGUGGUGGAAUUUAAAGGAAGCAGGGAUUUGCCCAUUUUGACCAAUUUUGUGGAGAAAGUGAUUGAAAGCACCGAGCAGGAAACUAAGGUCGAGCGUAUAUUAUCUGAUCGCAGUUGUCCUGACGAAGACUGCAUAUCAUUGAGAAAGUACUUAUCGCUGGUUAAAGAUGUAAAGAAAGAGAUCAGAAAGCUGGAAAAUACGUUGGAGAUUGACGAAAAUAAAGAUUCGGAAACCACCAAAUUGAAAAUUGCUUUGCUAAGGGCCCUGGAAAACACAAGACAGGCUGAAAACCGUGAUGAGUUGUAA